AUGAUCACCACCACAAUAUAUUCCUCGGAUACAAUCAAUGUUCCGCCAAUAACUGGUUCUGUAAUCCAAGGCAUAGCAGCCCCAAAACUAGCAGCACCAGUCAAACCAAGACCAGCAGCUAAACUUAAUCCUCCAGUAGCUGUUCCCAAAACAAUUGGAAUAGCAAUGCACGAUGCUUGUGUUGCACAUUGUAUCUUCGUUAUAUCAUUUGUUCCUAUCGCUAUAAAACAAUCUGUUGUGUAG